AUGUCCAGCCCACCGCCGGUCGCCGAGGACCAAACCCGCCUCCUCGAGGAGGCAUUGCUGGUCGUGAGGCAACAGUCAGCUUCGAUGCGCAAAUGCCUAGAAACUCCCGGCAAGCUCAUGGAUGCGCUCAAGUGCGGAUCCACCCUAGUUUCCGAAUUGCGAACGCCCAGUCUCGGUCCGAAGCAGUAUUAUGAGCUGUACAUGGCCGUUUUCGAUGCGCUACGACACUUGUCCGUUUACCUCAAGGAAAACCACCCAGUCAACCACCUCGCGGACCUCUACGAACUCGUACAGUAUGCCGGCAAUAUCGUCCCUCGUAUGUACCUGAUGGUCACAGUCGGAACCGUCUACAUGUCGGUGCAAGAUGCGCCAGUCAAGGAAAUCAUGAAAGACAUGAUGGAGAUGAGCCGAGGUGUCCAGCAUCCGAUUCGCGGCCUCUUCCUGCGGUACUACUUGACCGGACAAGCGAGAGAUUACCUUCCGACAGGCACCGGUGAUGGUCCGGAGGGGAACCUUAAAGAUUCAAUUAAUUUCGUCUUGACCAAUUUCGUCGAAAUGAAUAAGCUCUGGGUUCGAUUGCAGCAUCAAGGUCCUUCGAGAGAGCGGGAACGUCGAAUUCAAGAGAGACGCGAGCUAGAGCUACUUGUCGGUAGCAACAUCGUUCGACUCAGUCAGCUGGUUGAUCUCGAAACAUACAAGACGGGUAUUCUGCAAGCGCUUCUGGAACAGGUCGUGCAAUGCCGGGACAUUCUGGCGCAAGAAUAUCUUCUGGAAGUGAUCACCAAGGUCUUUCCAGAUGAAUUCCAUCUCCACACUCUCGAUGAGCUACUGUCCGCUAUUGCCCGCCUUCACCCCCAUGUUGAUCUGAAGAAGAUAGUCAUUGGAUUGAUGGACCGUUUGUCGACAUACGCGACAAAGGAUGCCGAGACCAGCGCGGAACCAGAAGUUCAAAAACAGAGUGAAGAAGAGGCAGUCGCCCGUCUGUUGCAUAAACUCGAAAUCGACAAAGAAACGAAGCGCAACGAAUCUAGCAGUGCGGCCACAGUAGAGCCAGCCCCAGAAAACGGUAGUGAGACACCGAUCAAGAAUGAAGAGUCGUCUGAGCCAGUGAAGGAGCAAGACGAGAAAGUGAACGAGACAGACAAGAAACCCGAGGUUCCCGCGGAAUUCAGGCUGUACGAUAUUUUCUACGAGCAGGUUGUCAAUCUGAUCAAGACACGGGCAUUGCCUAUUCAAGACACCAUGGCGCUGCUGGUGUCUCUCGUCAACCUCGCGCUCAACAUCUACCCAGGCCGGCUAGAGUAUGUCGACCAGGUUCUUGAUUUUGCAACUCAAAAGACGGCUGAAUACACCGAUCAUGCCGAUUUACAUUCCGCUCCGACGCAGCAGCACAUCCUCCACCUUCUCAAUGCUCCGCUACGCGCUUAUGUUUCUAUCUUCACUGCCUUGGCUUUGCCACACUAUCUGCCACUUUUGACAUCACAAUCUUAUCCUACCCGGAGAUCUAUCGCUGGCGAGAUCAUUCGGAGUCUCUUGAAGAACAAGAUCUUCAUAACCACUACCGAAAACCUGGACCGGGUGUUGCAAGUUGCGCGGGUCUUGAUCAAGGAAGGUGUGCAGCAAUCUACUGGAUACCCGGGAGCACAAUCCCAACGACGAGGAGGAGAAACCGACGAAACUAUCGAGGAGCAAGGGUGGCUUGCACGAUUGGUGCAUCUAAUCCAAGCACCGGAUAAUGACACACAGCUCAAACUUCUGCAAGCGACGCGUAAAGCGUACGGCGACGGAAACGAACGCAUUCGAUACACUACCCCUGCAAUUGUCACGGCCUCGAUUCGUUUGGCCCGCAAACUCAAGUCGCGUGAACACUACGAUGAUAACUGGCAAUCACAAUCUUCGGUGCUCUAUCGAUUUAUGCACCAGUGCGUCAACAAUCUCUACCAGCGUGUGAACCCUGGAUGUGCGGAUCUAUCUCUUCGCUUGUUUGUGAUGUGCGGCGAAGUCGCAGAUCAAACGGGCUUCGAAGAAGUCAGUUACGAGUUUUUCGCUCAGGCAUUCACUAUCUAUGAGGAUUCCAUCAGCGACUCUCGUGCCCAGUUCCAGGCUGUUUGCGUUCUGGCCGGUGCCCUGCAAGGUACCCGUGGCUUCUGCAAAGAAAACUACGACACCUUGAUCACCAAAACCGCGCUUCACGGAAGCAAGCUCCUCAAGAAGCCUGAUCAGUGUCGCGCAGUUUACCUUGCAAGCCACCUAUGGUGGGUGGUUGAGAACCCCCAGCGCGAGGAAGAAGAUGCCAGUAAUCUCUACCGUGACGGAAAACGUGUUCUCGAAUGUCUCCAGCGAGCUCUUCGUGUUGCCGACGCCUGCAUGGAUAAUGCCGUUUCUGUCGAGCUGUUUGUCGAGAUCCUCAAUCGUUACGUCUACUACUUCGACCAGCAGAACGAAAGCGUUACUACGAAGUACCUCAACGGUCUCAUCGAGCUCAUUCACUCCAACCUGCAAACCAGCGAGGACGAUCCGAAUCCAAAUCUCGAGGGACCCAAGCGUCAUUUCGAGCGUACGCUGGCAUACAUCCGGUCCCGAGAAUACGAAGGUGUCGUGACCGAGCGGCAAUAA